AAACCCAAUUAUGAAUCCAACCAUUUUUUACAAUUACGAAACCCAGAAAUUUUUUCAAUAGUAUUUCCACAGCCUAAGUAGUGCUAUUUCCAUAAACAAUUUACAAAUUGUAAUUCAUAAAAUGUUUUCCAGAGUUAGAGGGAAGAAAUAACAAUAAUAAUUAAACAAUCCAACAUAUUUAGGUAGAUUAAUUACUUAUUGCAGGUCAAAUCAGACCCGAUAAGCUGAGGAAAUUGCCAGCGUCCAAUUGAGAGAUUUUGGUGCUUGAACGGUGAAUCACAGUUUCAAAUGACAAAGAUUUAAGUGAGAGAAAUUGAAAACAGUGGACUCAACACAAUGAAGAAACAGAGAUUGGGAAGGUUUUUGUUAUUUUCCCGAAUUAGGCUUUGAACAACCCAAAUACUGUUCAAAAAUGUGACGGCGCGCUUUUGAGCAUUCCCCGUUAGCAUCCACCGUUAUCUUCAAACGUUAACGUUCCUUAACCACAGUUGAAGGGAAAUUUACGUUUCUACCCUUAUUUCUCUGUUUAUUACUCCAAAGCAACCCCGACAAUAUUUCCUUUUUUGCACUAAGCAAGGCUUCAACUACGAAAGAGAGGCACAGAGAUGGAGGCGGCGGCUGCUCUCACUGUUCCCACUAUGGCUGGUUUCUCUUCGUCAUCGCCCAACUCCUCAUUUCCCGGCAACAGCGGAAUCUUCCUCCACCGCUGUGUCCACCUACGGAAGAACAAUAUGAGAGUCAAGUCAUCGGCGACAUUCUCUAUUCGCGCCGCCGCUAGUGGCGGAGAUAAUGCUGUGACGUUGCUUGAUUACGGCGCUGGAAAUGUAAGGAGUUUGAGGAAUGCUAUUCGCCGCCUCGGUUUCGAUAUCAAAGAUGUCCAAACGCCUGAUGAUAUUCUAAAAGCAAACCGUCUUAUAUUUCCUGGUGUCGGAGCAUUUGCUGCAGCAAUGAACUUCCUCAAUGAAAAAGGAAUGGCUGAGGCUCUAUGUGAUUACAUCAACAAUGAUCGCCCUUUUUUAGGCAUUUGUUUGGGACUCCAGCUGCUCUUUGAAUCUAGCGAAGAAAAUGGACCUGUGAAGGGUUUAGGUUUGAUACCCGGUGUUGUUGGACGCUUUGAUUCCAGCGAAGGAUUAAGAGUACCACAUAUUGGUUGGAACUCCUUGCAAAUUGAGAAGGAUGCUGGAAUUCUUAAUGACGUAGCAAGCCGUCAUGUCUACUUUGUUCAUUCUUAUCGUGCCAUGCCUUCAGAUAACAAUGAAGAGUGGGUGACUGCAACUUGCAACUAUGGAGACAAUUUCAUUGCGUCUGUAAGAAGAGGAAAUGUGAAUGCAGUUCAAUUUCACCCAGAGAAGAGUGGAGAUGUUGGUCUCUCUAUAUUAAGACGUUUCUUACACCCGGAGUCCUCCAUAUCAAAGAAGCCAGCCGAAGGAAAAGCAUCAAAAUUGGCAAAGAGGGUGAUUGCUUGUCUUGAUGUGAGGGCUAAUGACAAAGGAGAUCUUGUUGUGACAAAAGGAGAUCAAUAUGAUGUUAGAGAACAGACAGAAGAAAAUGAGGUAAGAAAUCUUGGCAAACCCGUUGAACUUGCUGGGCAAUAUUAUGAAGAUGGAGCUGAUGAGAUCAGUUUUCUCAACAUCACAGGUUUUAGGGACUUUCCAUUGGGCGACUUGCCAAUGUUGCAGGUUCUGAGAUUUGCUUCAGAGAAUGUUUUUGUUCCAUUGACAGUAGGAGGUGGCAUAAGGGAUUUUACUGAUGCAAAUGGAAGGCACUACACUAGUUUGGAAGUUGCUUCAGAAUAUUUUAGGUCAGGUGCUGAUAAAAUUUCUAUCGGUAGUGACGCUGUUUAUGCCGCUGAAGAGUAUUUGCAAACUGGAGUAAAAAGUGGAAGGAGCAGCUUGGAACAGAUUUCUAGAGUUUAUGGCAAUCAGGCAGUUGUGGUAAGCAUUGAUCCUCGCCGAGUAUACAUAGAUACUCCUAAUGAUGUACCAUUCAAGUCUGUUAAUGUGACUAAUCCAGGGCCAAAUGGAGAAGCAUAUGCUUGGUAUCAGUGCACGGUCAACGGUGGGAGAGAAGGCCGCCCAAUUGGUGCAUAUGAGCUUGCAAAAGCUGUGCAGGAGCUAGGAGCUGGUGAAAUAUUACUUAACUGCAUAGAUUGUGAUGGUCAAGGAAAAGGAUUUGAUAUAGAUCUUGUAAAGCUCAUCUCCGAUGCUGUCAGCAUCCCUGUAAUUGCAAGUAGCGGGGCUGGUUCUCCUGAACACUUUUCAGAAGUUUUCAAGAAGACGAAUGCUUCUGCUGCACUUGCAGCAGGAAUAUUCCAUCGCAAGGAGGUACCUGUUCUAUCUGUGAAAGAGCAUUUGUUAAAGGAAGGCAUUGAAGUCAGAAUGUGAAGGGGAAUCCAUUUGACAUGUGGAUUACAUGUCACUAGACCUGUUCAAUGGGCCGGUUUAGGGCCGGGCCAGAAGUAAAGGGGCCAGACCUAGCUUGCAAAAUUUUCGGGCCGGGCUGGGCAGGAUAUUAAACGGGCUGUAUGGUCUGUGCUUUCUGAAGUGUUGAAUAUAUUCCAAAAUAAGUUACUUUAACCAAAAUUGUUUGAGAUACACAUAGUUUCCAUGUACCGAAAGAUCACACUAUGUAAUCUCUAUUUGAGAUACAUUCAAAAUGAACAUUA